CAAAACACAAGGGGCUGACUUGGAUUUUAUCAGAGUCAUAGAUAGGUCUAAAUAGAAUCAUAUACUUGAUUUUGAGCGCUCGUUCUACCUUUUACUCAGAGACAUACAUAAUAUCCCAAACCAAAAUGGUAGUACUUGAUUUUGAGCGCUCGAAACAUUACUCUUUUUAUCAUAUGGCAGAUGAGGCAAAUGCAGCAAGGCUUGCUCAACUGGUGAAUCAAACAUUUGAUGAAGAUAAUGAAACAAACACUCCCAAGAUACAAAGAGUUGCUCUUUUUUUGCGUCAAAAUCGCAACUUUUAUAAGUAUUGCAUACCCAAGAUGAUAUCAUUUGGUCCUAUUCAUAACUGCAACAAAAAGCUGAGGCAACAAGGGCAACACUUGAAAAGUCAAUGGACAUCCCUCUACAUUGAAGAAUACAGUAAAGAAGCUUAUAAUGGUAACAAGCAAGAAGCAGCAUAUUAUUUGUAUGGAGUUGUGAAAAGCAACAUUGGGGAACUGAAGAAGCAGUACCAUGAGGAUGUACUUAAGGGCUUUACUGAAGAGGAACUGAUUUGGAUGCUGUUUGAGGAUGGAUGCUCUUUGCUUUAUUACAUGGACAACGUUGACUCGACACGUCCAGAAGCACUGAAGCUGAAGCUUGACUAGUUGAUGUACACUUGGAGAGACAUUGAAUUGCUGGAAAAUCAACUUCCAAUGAAACUGCUGCAGCAGCUGCUGAGCAAAACACAAGGCGCUGGACAAAAGUCGGAGACGAUUUUGAUUUUCAUCACAGACCUUAGGGACAAUUUCAAUACUUAUCCCCAUAAAUAAUAUUACCAUAUUUUCAA